AACCUACCCACGAGACACAAUCAGAUUGAAUAAUGAAGACCUGUGCCUUCAUGGAGAUGAUGGCGAUGGCGGCUGUGCUGUUCCUGGCCUUGGGCCUAAGUGACGGCCUGAUGCUUAACAAGUGUAACUUGGGGAAAGAACUGAACUCGAGUCUACCUGCAAACCUUACGGACAAGAUCAGCGACCUGGUGGCCAAGCUUGUGUACCAUGUGGAAAUAAGCUCCCACUUCAACACCACUGCCACCACCACCACUGAAGUCCCUGGACCCUGUGUUCAUUUCCUCAAAAAGGAUCAUGGCAGACGCAAAGGCAGGUCUGCAGAAUCAAGCAGUGAGGAGUCCAGUGAGGAAAAAUUGCAUGUGUCUAAACCUAGUUUAAAUUCUUUAACAAUAAAUCCAUCGACUCCUCCUGCAAGUAACAACUCCUCCAGACGUGAAGGUGGUAAAGGACGCAAAAUUAGGUCCGCAGAAUCAAGCAGUCAGGAGUCCAGUGAAGAAGAAUUUCAUGGGCCUAGACAAGGUUUAAUUUCUUCUACAAUAAAUCCAUCCACUCCUCCUGCAAGUAACAACUUUUCCAGAGGUGAAGGUGGUAGAGGACGCAAGGGUAGGUCUGCAGAAUCAGGCAGUGAAGAGUCCAGUGAGGAAGAAUUGCAUGUGCCUAAACCUAGUUUAAUUUCUUCUACAAUAAAUCCAUCCACUUCUUCUGCAAGUAACAACUCAUCCAGACAUGAAGGAGCUAGAAGACGCAAGAUCAGGUCUGCAGAAUCAAGCAGUCAGGAAUCCAGUGAGGAAGAAUUGCAUGUGCCUAAACCUAGUUUAAUUUCUUCUACAAUGAAUCCAUCCACUCAUCCUGUAAGUAACAACUCCUCCAGACGUGAAGGAGGUAGAGGACGCAAGAUCAGGUCUGCAGAAUCAAGCAGUCAGGAAUCCAGUGAGGAAGAAUUGAAUGUGCCUAAACAUAGUUUCAAUUCUUCAACAAUAAAUCCAUCCACUCCUCCUGCAAAAAACAACUCCUCCAGACUUGAAGGUGGCAGAGGACGCAGGAGCAGGUCCGCAGAAUCAAGCAGUGAAGAAUCCGAUGAGAAAAACAUGUGGACGCUGUAUGGGUUGUUCCAGAUACCAGGUUACCUUGCCUGCACCUCUGGGCUUGAACCUUCUCUCAACCUUUGCAGCAUGGCCUGUACUCUUCUGAUCGAUGACAACAUCAGAGAUGACAUCAUCUGUGUUGAGACCAUCCUCAAUAAAAUGUUGUCAGGGGGAAGCAGUCCUGCAUCAGCUAGCAAAGAUUUGAGCAAACUGUAUGCUGCUUUCUUGGAGAAGUACAAGAAUGUGAAGGACCUUGAGUACUUCUCGACUUGUUAAACCACACAGCCGGCCUAACAAACAUCUCGCUUUAAUUAAACUAAACCACUUUUACAUUAUAUCAUUUGACUAGCAUUUCGCGACUUUAGAAACAAUUCAGUCACAUACAACUAGAGUGUGCAAAAAUCAACGAUCACGAAUUUUGGCUACAACGAGUUAAUAGGUGGUCAAAUAGUCGAUGUAUGAGUCAAGAAAACAUAUAGCAUGUCCCUGUUUGGCCAUGGAUUACUUUUUUUUGUUUUUUUUUUAUGUCUGGUUUCCUUCUCUACUUCAUUAUCAUUGUAUUCUUUCUGACUAAAUAACGCCUCUAAUUAUCAUAAAAUUUUUGUUGUGGAUUUUAUUUGAAAAGAGAACUUCUUUUCCACUGUAUAUGCUAUAUCCGUUAUUAGAAACUUUUAUAAAAACAAAAAAACAAAAAAAACGUUUUUGUCAUGUGUAAUAUGUGAUUUGAGUUAACUAUUUGCUGUACAACACCGCCCUCUGCUGGCGACAAACCUGUCUAGUAUUAAAAAGGGUAUGAAAAGCAAAUAAUGAGAACAUACAUUUUAAUUUACAGAUUACACACACAGAUUAAUUCUCAUCAGAGGAAUGACCAAGACAAACAAAAUAUUUUGUUAAUUAGAUUAUUUUUAUUGUAUUGCCUUUUCCUGUUCAAUUUCCUCUAAAAGCA